AUUAAACAUCUUGGCCUCCAGACAACUUGUUGCUUUAAUACAGUUCCUGGUGGAAUGGGGUUUUGCCCAGGAAGCAUGACAAUGCUGUAAUCCUUCAUUACGGGGAAGGAAAGGGACAGUGGAAUUGGGACAGAAAAGAGAAAAGGGUGGUCCUGAGGGCGUAAAAAGCCUAUGGGAAGUGCAGGUAGCAGCAUGUUGUCCCGACAGCUGUUUCAACUUCUCAGACCUUGUCAGUUCACUGCUAUGUAGCAGGUGCAGCCUUUUCUUUUCCUGAAUCUUUACUCCAUAAAGGCAACAACAAGUCAAGGCAGUGGCUGGCCCUGGAUUAUACAAGUGCAGACACUACUAAGUGAGGUGAAACAUACAAAUAGACACAUAGGUUCGAGUGCCCACAUGAUCACCACAGCAAGGGUACCUGCUGAUAAACGGAUACGAAUUGCCUUCAGUCUAAAUGAUUCCCCAGAUGAUUCACCCCCAGAGAAUGCUUUUCCUUUGGCUUUUCCAGAUCUAGAACAGCAGCUCCAGCCCCUGCCCCCCUGCCAUGACUCAAAGGAAUCUAUGCAGGUGUUCAAACAGCACUGCCAAAUAGCAGAAGAAUACUAUGAAGUCAAAAAAGAAAUUGCACUGCUUGAAGAAAGAAAAAAAGAGUUGAUCACUAGGCUAGAUCAAGCCGAAAAAGAGAACAGGGAUGCUGCACAGUUAACGAAGGAGUAUGCAGACCUGACAGAAGAGAACCGGACACUGAAGUUGACCCAGACACAAUGUGUGGAACAGCUGGAGAAGCUUAGAAUACAGUAUCAAAAGAGACAGGGAUCAUCAUAGCCUGAAUGAACAUAUCUGGGCCAAUAAAAAAUACAAAUCUUGGGUCUGAUGGCAUCUUCAGUACCAAAAGGUCAUCAGGAUUACAAUGCUGGAAGAAGUAGGGAUCACUCAUCCAACUUCUGCUCUGAAACUAUUUGUCACACCAGGAAAAGCACACAGGAAUUUCAUAAAAAUAAUUGUUAUACAUUUCUAUGAAAAUAAAUUAAUAGGAUUCGCAAAAGUGAAUUGUAUCACUAGCUUUAUUCCAUCUUCCUUCCCCAUAUAGUCAGACAGGGAUAAAGAUUAGCUGCUUACAGAAAGAAUUCUGAAAAUCCUCCUGCUCUACUCCACCAAUAAUAACUAAGUAUGUCAACACAGCCUAUGAACCAUUUCCUUCUGAUUUGGUGCUAAGACUGAAUUAUCAAUGUGGUUUACACAAAGUAGCAUUUCAAUCAUCAUUGGAAUGGGCAGUAAACACUCAUUGAAGAAAAUAUU